UGACAUAAAAGUGUGUUCAGUGCAGAGGAGCAGCACUGGUGUGUGACUCUCCCCUGCAGACAGGCUCAGUAGAAUGGCCCUCACUAGGAUCCUGAUUGGAGGGCUGCUGAGCUGCCUCUACACUCUCUGCUCCUCCACAGCAACACCAGAGCCGUCAUUCCUGGUGACCUUUCCUGCCCAGAUAUGGUCAGGGUCCGAAGCCAAACUCUGUGCCAGCCUCCUGAGUCCAAACGAGACCAUGCUCAUGUCCAUAUAUCUGACCGAUGGAGACGAGAAGAAGAUGCUUCACCAGGAAACAUCAGACAAGGACUUUCACCGCUGCUUCCAGUUCCGGGCCCCUUUGAUGAAAGAAGGAUCUGUACAGAAACUCACAGUAGAGGUCAAAGGUCAAACAUCUUACUGGACCUCAGAAAGUCGGGUGAAGUUUAGGCCAAAACCAGCUCCCGUAACCUUCAUCCAGACAGAUAAACCCAUAUACACCCCAGGCCAAACAGUGCAUUUCAGAGUGGUCACCAUGGACACUAAUUUCAUUCCACUAGAUGAGAUGUACCAUACGGUGUCACUGACAGACAGUCAAGGCAACACCAUCGGCCAGUGGCUGAAUGUGACGUCGGAGCGUAAGAUAGUGCAGCUGUCUCACAAUCUAAACCCUGAGGCAUCCCAGGGUCACUACAGGCUUUCAACACAAACAAAAGACCGCCAAGAAUCCCACAGGUUCCAGGUGAAAAAAUAUGUUUUACCCAAGUUUGACGUAACAGCUAAAGUCCCAGAACAAGUAAGCGUUGGGGCAGAAGAAAUGACAUUGGAAGUGUGCGCAAAGUACACCUUUGGCCAGCCUGUCCCAGGGACGGCCUCUAUGUCACUGUGUCGAAACCCUGGUACGGACUAUUUUGGGGGUGAGAUUGACAGUGGAGAGCUUACAGAAGGCAUCUGUCUCACACACUCAGCUGAGAUGAAACCCUCUGGCUGUGCCUCUUUCAUUGUUCGUGUGUCUGAACUCACUCAAGCUCCCUCUGCAAAGAAACUGAGGGACGUCCUUGCUUUCAACGUCACUGUGGCUGAAGAAGGAACAGGUAUAAGUAGGUCAACAGAGAAUUCUAUAACAGUGCAGUUCUCCAUUGGGAAUGUCACAUUUGAAGAACUACCCACUCUUAUUGAGGAGAAAGCAGUUUUGAAGGGCAAGGUCAGAGCAAGACAUUACAAUGGAACAGGAAUCGCCCAUAAGACUAUCCACCUGAUGAUGCGCCAAGCCCCCACCUAUGAGUCCAGCCUGCUCCAGAACCUGACCACAGACGCUGAUGGACUGGCCCACUUCUCUCUCGACACGACUCCUUUCCCCGGAGACUUUGAGCUCAUCGCAACCGACUCCAUGGAGGACCAUGUGCCAUACCGCACCCCUUACCAUGAUUCAGUUUCUAAGGCGGUGUCCAGACAGAAGCCGGCAUCACCAGACACUCCAACAUCCAGCUCUCUCAGUAUCAACGAAAUAGGUGAUCCUCUCCAGUGUGGCAAAGACAUACCCGUCACCAUUAAGUACACCUUCACUGGGGAGACUUUCAGCAGUGACUCUGUGGAUGUAAUUUACAUGGUUGUAUCCAAAGGGCAGAUUGUUCAUCAUGGCUUCGCUAAGGCUUCAGUGAAAGGUUCCCCACCAGUGACUAAGGGUGAGGUGUCCUUCCAGCUGUUCGUCAGGGCUGAGAGGGCCCCUUCAGUGCACGUCCUGGCGUACUGUGUCUUGCCCAGUGAGACGGUCCUGGCUGAUAGCAAAACUUUCUCAACGGAGAAGUGCUACAAAAAUAAGGUGUCUGUUCAGUUCUCCCCCCCUAAAGCGGUUCCUGGGGAGGAGAGCUCCCUGCAGCUCUCAGCUCAGCCUGGCUCUCUGUGUGGCCUCAGUGUUGUGGAUCAGAGCAUUUCUAUCUUGGAACCAGGAAAGGGCCUAAACACAGACAAGAUUUUCAAUCUACUGCCUGGCUUGGAGUCAAGAGUGAGUUACGAUGUGGAAGAUCCCAUGGAGUGUCUUCCUGUGAGGCCGAGGAGAAGCAUUAUGCCAGGCCCCAACUCACAGGACGGGCCCACUGCAGCUUUCAAGAGGCUGGGACUGAAAGCUAUAACUAACCUGGUUGUGAAGAAUCCCGACUGCUUAUUGUUUAAGGGAGAGAGAUACGAACGGCAUUUUGGUUACCAUCGACACCACGUCGCAUAUUCUGAAAUGGACAUGGCCAUGCCUAUGCUUGAAAAUGGCCCAAUCCAGACGGUUCGUACGGUAUUCCCAGAGACGUGGAUUUGGGACCUCGCAGAGGUCGGGGUGUCUGGAGAAGCACAAGUCCCUCUCACUGUCCCUGACACCAUCACCACCUGGGAGACUGAGGCCUUCUGCCUGUCCCCUCAGGGCUUUGGUCUGGCCCCACCAGCUAAGCUCACAGUUUUCCAGCCCUUCUUCCUGGAGCUCUCCCUGCCGUACUCCAUCAUCCGUGGAGAGACCUUUGAGCUCAAAGCAACAGUUUUCAACUACCUGUCCAAGUGCAUCAUGGUGACAGUGACUCCAGCCCCUUCAUCAGACUUCACUCUGACCCCCUCCUCUGAUGGUCAGUACUCCUCCUGUCUGUGUGCAAAUGGGAGGAAGACCUUCAAAUGGACCCUGGUGCCCUCUGUGCUUGGAGAGAUGAGCGUGACGGUGAGUGCUGCCGCUGAGCCGUCCCAGACUGUCUGUGGUAAUGAGGUGGUGACGGUCCCAGAGAGAGGCCGCACAGACACAGUCACGCGUUCCCUCAAGGUCAAGGCUGAAGGAACUGAGAAGUCUGAGAGUUUUAGCUGGCUGCUGUGUCCAAAAGGGGGUGCUCUAACAGAGGAGGUGGAGCUGGAACUCCCAGCAAAUGUAGUGAAGGGAUCAGCUAAAGCCUCAGUGUCUGUGCUGGGAGACAUCCUGGGUCGUGCUCUGAAGAACAUCGACAGUCUUCUGCAGAUGCCUUAUGGUUGUGGAGAGCAGAAUAUGGCCAUCCUCUCCCCAAAUAUCUACAUUCUGCAGUACCUACAGAACACUGGCCAGCUCACUGCAGAAAUUAAGGAGAAGGCUACCAAUUUCCUCAAGAAUGGAUACCAGAGGCAGCUGAACUACAAGCACCAUGAUGGAGCCUACAGCACGUUUAGAAGUGGACAAGGAAACACAUGGCUGACUGCAUUUGUGUUGAGAUCCUUGGGUAAGGCAACAUCCUUUAUCUACAUCGAUCCAAAAAUUCUUACGAGUGCGAAGACUUGGCUUGAUGGAAAACUGAGACCAGAUGGUAUUUACCAUAUGCAGGGGAAACUUUUCAACAACAGAAUGAAGGGGGGUGUAAGUGAUAAUGUAACAAUAACUGCAUACAUCACUGCAUCAAUGCUUGAACUGAACAUGUCUGUCACGGAAGAAACCUUGAGGUUUCUAAAGUCCUCCGUCAGUGACCUCUCCAACACCUACACCACUGCUUUAUUGGCCUACACCUUCAGUCUCGCUGGAGAAGAGAACAUCCGCGCUCAACUUCUGAAACACUUAGACAGUAAAGCAACUUCUAGUGGGAGUCUGCUGCACUGGUCUCAGUCCUCAUCAAAGCGAGCUGAUUCCCUGGCUGUGGAGACGAGUUCUUAUGUGCUCUUAGCUGUUCUCACCAAACCCACACUGACUGCUGCCGACUUAGGCUAUGCUUCCAGGAUUGUCAACUGGCUGGUGAAGCAGCAAAAUCCAUAUGGAGGCUUCUCCUCCACACAGGACACAGUGGUGGCACUGCAGGCUCUGGCUCUGUACGCCACCAAGGUCUUCAGCCCACAUGGCUCCAGCACAGUGACAGUGCAGUCAGCAGGUGGCGACAAACACCAGUUUGAUGUGAACCAGCACAACACACUACUGUACCAGGAGUCAGCACUGCAGGACAUUCCUGGGAAGUACAGCGUUGAAGUGAAGGGCUCCACGUGUGCUUCUGUUGGGGUGGCUCUUUUCUACAACAUCCCCACCCCCACUGAGCACUCAACCUUGAGCAUUAAGACUCAAAUCAAGCCUCUAACUGAGGGAGAGUGCAACAAGGCUAAUGGACAGGCUUUCAGCUUAGACAUCACAGUCCAGUAUGAUGGACCACAGGAGAGCACCAAUAUGGCUAUAAUAGAUGUGAAGAUGUUAUCUGGUUUCACACCGGACUCUGCCUCUAUUGAAAAUCUAAAGGGCAGCAUAUUUGUGGACAGAGUCGAUAACAAAGAUGACCACAUCCUGGCAUAUUUGUCAGAGGUUCCAAAGGGUUUACCUACCCUGUACAAACUGACAAUUCGACAGGAUCUCCCAGUGAACAAUUUGAAGCCAGCAGUGGUCAAAGUGUAUGACUACUACCAAACCAGUGAGCAGGCUGAGGCAGAGUACCACUCCCCAUGUGCAUAAGAAGGCUUCCAGAUAUAUUGAAUCUGCAUGUGUGUGUGUGUGUGUGUGUGUGUGUGUGAACUUGGCUAUGUUUUUUCUGUUGAGAUCCAAGCGCAAAUGACAAUCCAUUAAAGAAAUUAUGAUGAAUUUCAAUGUUAUGAGUAUGUGUAUGUUGACAAUAUAUAAAUAAAAAAGUCCAUACA